AGACGCGCAAUGGCCGCCGUGACCCGAGGCGCGCGGCUCGUAGCCGAUCGUCCUUAAUUUUCCCGUCUCGAUAUCGUGCUUCCACGCCCACGAAAAUGCGCGCUGUUACUUCGACGUUGAAUCAGUCGGCACGUCUCUACGACACGGUGAGCUUCCAAGCGUUUUUGUUUAAUAAUUUAUUCUUGAGAUUAUAGUUGUCAUAAAGAAGAAAAGAAAAAAAAAAAGGGAAAAAAAAUAUUUAGAUCUCUUAAUCGUCGUUGGUGGUCCAAGAGCAAGUAUCCUCUGAUUGGUCAAACGAUAACCGAAUUAUCGAUUUCUUUUUUCUUUAAAAAUGAUUAGAUCGAUCGAUCGUUCGAGUGAAAAUAAUUAUUCACAGUGUCUGUGUAUAUGUGCGUGUGUGUCCUUACGUGCCUUUUCCUCAACGAACUAGAAUUCUCUUAGUCUAUUGGUCCAUUUAGAAAUUGUUAAAUAUAUAUAUACAUACAUACAUAUAUUUAACUCGAUUUAUGAUUAGUGUGACACUAACCUUCGGAAACCGUUAAUGAUUUACUUUCCGUUACUUUCAUUGUUACUACUAUGAACAUAGUAUUACUACUACUAUUACUAUAUACUACUACUUUAACUACUGCUACUACUACUACUACUACUAGUACUGCUACUACUACUAUUACUACUACUACUACUACUACUACUACUAUUAGUGAUACUACAUUACUCCGUUAGUGAUGUUUGUGUCCUUGUCGUCAGCGUGGUUGCCAUUCUGGACUCAAGAUUAGAAGACGAAGAUAAAGGACAAGAAAUUUCCGUCUAGAAAAAGAAUUUGGAAAAACUUUCAUACGAAGAAGUUUCUUUUUCCGAACGAACAACUGCAACUUAUUCUUCGUAGAAAAGUUGUGUAAACUUGUUUCUUGCGAAAACAUCUCUUACUUGUGUAAUAGCGAUAACAAUAAUAAUAAUCAAAGUUCUAAACAAAGGAACGGAAGAGCCUAAAAGAUACAUAUCAUCUUAUAUACAUAAAUAGCAAAGAGAAUUUCGAAUACCAUUUACGAAUAAAAAUUCUCUUCUUCGAUUGGAUAAGCUAUUCGUUCAACGUAAUAGGAAUAUAUUAAUGAAUUAUUAAGGAUGUACGAAUGAUUCGAUUAGUGUCCAAAUUUGGUCCUCAAAUCAGAUAAAUAAAUUCGAUUAUGUUAAUCGUCGAUCAAACACAAUGAUCUUAACGAUUUGAAAAUCAUUCGAAAUGAGUACGAAAGAGCAAACUAUCGAGCCAAGAUGGUACGUGAAAUUUUUCGAAUAUUGGAAAAAUCGUAAUCGAAUUGGUCCGGCUACGGUAGAAUUAGAAGAUUGUGAUUUUUUCAUCGUAGCACCACGUAGAACUUUGAGAGUAUUAAAACCAAGUUUAAAAGGUGAAUGGUAUUAUGAGAACACGAGUGAUAGGCCCGAAUCGAUAAAUGAUAAUUUUUUUGCUCGUUGGUCAAAAAGACCGCAUUCGUCGAAUCAUUGUAGAUGUUCUUUUCGUCAAUCUAAUAGAUUGAGCACGAACGACGAAGAAAUUAUUUCUACGGAAUUGAAUCGUAUUAGAAAUAGUCUUUACGAGACUCCUGAAAAAUCAGCAAGAGAUAUCGAAGAACUUGAGCAAAGGGUAUCGGCUAAUCUUCAAAAAUUGCAAAUACCCGACGCGAAACUUGAUAAUAAUAAUGAGAAAAAAACAAAGGACAAAGUUGUACUUGAUCCUUCGAAAAAUUUAUCUUUAAACUCCUCGUCGAACGAGGAACAAAAAGCUAAAAAUAAAAUUGUUAAGGAUCUCGAAAGAUACAUCAAUGUAUUGCUCGAGGAAAUAUUAGACGAUACGAUUAAAUAUGUUGCUAAUUCGAAUGAUUCAAAUUUGAUUCUUAAAAAUGAUCGUAAAGUUACGAAAGAAAGAUCAAAAUUAGAUCAUCAACAAUCGUCUUCGAAAGCUAAAGGGGAAGAAAUUUUUAAUGAAAUUAGUUUUUCCUUUCAUGCUGACGAUAAGAAGAUUCAAGAAGAUGAAAAGUUGAACGUGGAAAGAACGAAAAACGAUCAAGGAUAUAUAAAUCGUGCUUUCAUUGGAUCGGCACACGAUCCUGAUUCUCUUGACUUUUAUUUACGUACUCGUACGAUCGGUACGGAGGUCAUUUUAGAACAAUUGGAUUGUAUAGAUUCCGGUAUAAAUAGCGUCGAAACAAUAGAAUUUCAACCUGAUCAAGAACCAAGUCUCGAGCAAUCUCUCUUACGAAUAAUCGACGAAAAAUUAGGUAGAACCCCUUUGAGAAAUAGCUGGGAAGAUCUGAGAACAAACGAAGAUGAGAAAUAUAACGAAUCUUCCCGAGAGAUCAUUGAAAAUGAUGAAGAAAAUAAGUUAACAAAAUUAAAGGAUGUAAUCAUAUUAAAUGACAAUGAAAUUAAUGACGAAAAAAAUAUAAUGGAUAUCAGACAAUUAGAGGAAUCUAUCGAUGAUCCUAAAUUUGAAAAUGUACGAUUAGAAUUAGAAAAUGAUGAUUUGGAAUUAUCAGAGAGAAAGGAGACAACGAUUGAGACGAAAUUUUGUGCAAGAUUUCGUGCGAAUAUUGAAAGAAGAUCGAAACGUAAGAACGAUGAUGAACGAUUAGAGGUAAUUAAUACUAGAAAAGAAACUAAACCUUUGGAAAUGGAGGAUUAUAGAAAAAGAUGGCCUAACUUGGAAGAAUCUACGAGAUUGUCUAAUUGCGAACAAAUUCCACAUGAUUAUGUGAUAUUUCGAAGAAAUCGUAAACCAACAUUGGUCUUUUUACAUGGGUUUGGUUCGUCAGCAGAGAUAUUCGAACAUCAAUUAGAAUAUUUCUCGGCUAUGGGUUAUCCUUGCAUCGCUCCUGAUCUUUUAGGACAUGGUAUGAGCUCAUCACCUGACCGAUCGAAGGAUUAUACGUUUAGCAAAUUGUUGAAGGAUCUGGAGACAGUACUACAUUAUUACGCUUUUGAACCAGGUCAAAAGUGUAUACUGAUAGCACAUAAUUAUGGAUGCAGUUUUGCAACAGCAUUGGCUUGCAAAUAUGACAGCAAUAUUCAUCAGCUUGUUUUAAUAUCCGGUGGUGGUCCAACACCAUUGGCACCGCCUACGAGAGAAGGUGCUGGCCGAUGCUUUCUAAGAGCUAUUUUGUCACCACUUUUGAUGUGCGGCCUUCAUAGAGAUAUACUGUAUUCCGCAAGAGGUCGUCAACAUCCUUAUUGUGGUCCUGAACCAAUCGAACAAUGGCCAUCUCAUAUGAAAUAUGUUUUGGAUGGGAUGGCUUGGCCUGAAGGGGACUACGUUUUUCAUAGAAGAAUUUUUACACCUACUCUUCUUAUACAUGGAUUGAGAGAUAACAAAGUAUCACUCGUACAAGAGUGUCAGAUGGAAAGGACUAUGCUGAAGGCUUUCCUCGAAGCUAUUCCAAGUGCAGGGCACACACCCAUGACGGAUUGUCCUGAUCAACUGAAUCAUAUGAUUCACUGUUUCAUAGAUUUAUGGAAGAAUAAGAACUGGUAGCAAUAUUAGUAUUUCGAUAUUGUUAAUUCCAGCAGAGGAUAUAAUCUCGAAUAAGCAAUGAUCGUAUUGAAACAUCAAGUUCUCUUACGGGUAUCAAGCUCGUAGUUAGAUACAAAAUUAGAUAAAAAUUAGAUAAAAAUUAGAUAAAAAAAUAUGUUAAUAGUCCUCUUUCCCUUUUUAUAAUUUUUCCUUUGAUUAAAUAUUUAAAGUGUACAUAGAUACAUACAUACAUACAUAGAAAAGUUUCGCGUGCGUUAUUAGUUUUAUUAUAGCUGAUUUUACAUUUUUAAAGAAAUCUUAAGUCUGUAUAAGAGGACAGAUUCUUGAUAAAACUAAAACUUCUCUUUUUCGAGCUCUACUUUGUUAUGGUUUUAUUACUUUCCAUUGAAUGAUACGACAAUUGCGAAAUUGUAAAAAUAUCUUCUACACCUACAGCAUGAUAAAUGUGCCAAAACAUAUAUUUUUUAAGAUAUUUUUUUAGAAUCUUUCUAUAAACUUCGACAAAGGUCUCUCUGUCAAUAAGCAAAGAUUUAAGAUACCGAACGGAGGCUAUUAUAGAUUCGCGCAUAAGUUGCACCAAAGAUGUUUUAUAUUAUGUUAAUUUUUUUUAUAUCCUAUAGCAUUUUGGAAUAUAACUUAUUCGUUUACAAUAAAACUGUGAACCAA